AUGGAGAUAAAGAGGUGCUUGAUGGUUGUGCUGGCUUUAGCCAUUCUGGUUCACGCCACUUUAGCUGCUAGAACCCUGCCUAAGGACGACGCCAAAGGUCUCGAUGACCAGAAGAACUUUCUUGCCUUUGGUGGGGUGGGUGGCUACGCUGGAGUGGUUGGUGGCCUCGGUGGUCUUGGUGGCUAUGGAGGAACCGGUGGUGUUGGUGGACUAGGUGGUGGACUUGGCGGUACUGCUGGAGGUCUGGGUGGGGGAAUUGGGGGUGGGAGCGGUUGCGGAACCUGUCCUUGA